AUGUUCUGGCCUUGGCGUGUCGGGCGGAAAUCGAUCAACAGGUUUUUGGCUACAACCGUCUACCUCAAAUUCGUUUUCUGUUUGACGUGUGACGCACAAAAUCUCCUCCCAGUUUAUCCGUCGCUAACUUUGCCAAUCGAUUCGCUCUUGCCGCGCCUACCGCGUGUACCCUCUUCUCGCAGCAUCGAGGACCACAACUUUCACGCGCUGAUCAAGCAAGCAUACUUUGCUUUCGAAGCCCUAGUACAGCCGUUUGGGUUCGUGAGCUUCAUGCGCGGACGCUGGCGGGAGAUAUUCUGUAUCGAUGGUUGCGCGAAGAUUUGUACGGACGACGUUUCGAGGGAACAGUUUGACAUUGCUCGGGCGGAGAGAGAUGUGGACGCAGACCUCCACAAUGAGAUGCUGAAGAUGUCCAUAAUUUCCAAGAUGGGUUUCAACGCGCGCCUUCGCUGGGUGCUGGAGGCGGCUCCAAUCUUCGGACCGCACAACCGCGUUUCAAACGUGAUGUAUCGAACAGCCCGAGGAAGGAUGGCGCCGGUAGGAUCCCCCGAAAAUGGGGAUGCGGGGGAGCUAAUGCGCGCGCUCGGCGACGGCGCCAUUACCGACCUCUCCGACAAGCCCGUUAGUGACCUCGAGAACAUCUACAGGCUCUGCUUCAUCGAUGGAAAGGGAAUCAGCAUGUAUCCAACGAAGGAGCUUCUUGUCCAGUGCCUCCAAAAGCUCUGGGAGUCUGCUGGUGCGGAUGGCGAAGGCGAACGAUGUUCGAAGCUGUUUAUCGGCAAACCGUCGGGGUCAACGGCAGGAGGAGUAGAAGGUCUCUUCACGGGUGAUAGAGUGAUGGUUGCGCACGUCUUCCAGAUCACGGCUGAGAGCCCAGCCGACGCGGUGGACAUGUUGGUGCACCUCCUGGUAACCUAUUGUACUCUUUCAGCCAAGACCAUAAAUGCCAUGAACCGACGCGAAAUACCGAGAGAGCAUGCCGUGUUCAAGUUGCACAGUGCGAUGCCAUGUGUAGACUAAAUGUGUGGUAAACAGCGUGGUAGCCCCCCAUGCAACUUCCACGGGGGGGGACGGUUGCAGCGAUGUGUUUUAUGGGUUGACUAUUGUUCGAAUGCCUAAGUUGGUCUCCAUAUUUUUCCUUUGGCUGGUUUUUUGUCAUUUGCUGUCA